AUGCAGCUGCGAGGUACAGCCUUCACGUCAAGCAGAGGCGCCGGGAUGGUCUCUGCUGAACCGGAAGGCAAGAACACCCCAAGCCUGCUGCCUCGGCGAGGAUCCACACGCGUUGCUGCGGAAGCGGGGCGACGACGGGCCACAGCCCCCAUAAAAGCCCCAGAGCCUGGGUUGCUUUUGACGCCUCUGCAGCCGCCAGCUUCGGCAGGAACGAGGCACGCCGGUCCUGCACGCAACAACAGCCCCGAUGACAAAGGCUCACAGAGCCUGAAGUCCCUGUGGAGAAAAUGCCCGGAGUCACAGAGAGGAAGGAGACGUCCAUCUCGGGCUGGGCUAGGUCUUGUACCUGGCUGGGGCCAGACACCUGACGUGCUCCACUGGCUUGAGCUUGAGAGUUCUUCCGGUAAAGGCCUUGUUCACAUGCUGCACUUCAGGCAAGGGGUGUGGAGGACAUGGGCGGGCUCCUCACACGCCGCGAAAACAGAGGCCAACAGUCUUUAA